AUGGACAAUAUUCUCUACAACUGGAAAAAACUCUCACUGACAGAGGAAGAAGAUACAAAACUAAGUCUGUCGAAGUCAAAAAACAUACGCAGCAAGGAGUUUGUUCUGGCUGCAAAAUUCCUCACAAAGAGGGCCCUUAAUGUGGAAGCAAUAGGGCGCACCUUUAAGCCCUUAUGGAGAGCCAAAAAGGAGUUCAAGGUGCAUGAAGCAGGAGAUCACAUUCUCCUUUUUGUUUUUGAACUCGAAUCUGAUGCAGAACGUGUCCUUGCCAACGAACCUUGGACCUUCGAUAAACAUGUUGUCCUGUUACAGAGAUUUGAUGGACCUGUUCUAGCGAGGUAUUUGAGAUUCACAAAUCUGAAAAUCUGGGUGCAAAUACACGGUUUGCCGAUGCGCAUGCUUGAUCCGGAGAUUGCAAUUGAAUUAGGCGAGACACUUGGACAGGUAACACCGUGUGAGAACUCUAAUGAAUUGAUGGGUGGUGAUUUCUUACGUGUUCAUGUGGAAAUAGAUGUUUCAAAGCCGUUGUGUCGAGGUCGCCGGAUAGCAUUGGAUGAUAAUGAGGAGGUAUGGGCUUCUUUCAAAUAUGAGAAACUACUUAAUUUUUGCUAUUGGUGUGGAUUGAUCUCACACGAUGGGAAAGAUUGUGAAGUCUGGUUAGUUAAAAAGAACGCUGGAAAAACAGAGCCUCAUGAGUACGGACUGUGGCUGCGAGCUUUGUCAUACAAUCCCGGAAAAACUCCCUUCAUUGUGGUUCCUGGUAUGGGCGACGGCUUGGGGGGAGUUCCAAGUCAUGCUCAACGGACGAAGAAGGCCGAGACAGCUGAGAUGGCGGGCAAAUCCACCAAGGAAAAUGCUGCCAGGACUGAUUCCGGCAAGGAGAAAGACGCUGACUUGAGGACUGGGACAAACAUGGAACCCCAUAAUUCAGGGGAGCAGAUCACGCUGACUGGCCGAGAGUGUAGCAACCAAUUUACUGAGGUAUUUACUUCAAAUCCCAAUUUAACUUCAUUCCAUACUGAUAUUGCUGACUUUGAGACGCAGAUACAGGACAUUGAUUCUGAAAUUAGCAAGUUUGACAAUUGUGAAACACACGUGGAAAAAAUUUCAGUUGGUGCAUCACAGGCCCCACCAACCAGGAAGAAGUAUCUAGCCCCUUCCAUGCAAACACAAGUGGCUCUACAGCAACCUCACCAAGUAAAAGAAAAUUCCCCACCAGCCAACCAAGGAAGCAAAACUUUGCGCACGUGGAAGAGAUUGGCUAGGGACAAUCCUAUGGAGACCGACUCACCAUUGAGCCCUACGGCUAAAAAAAGAAGUAGAGAAGAAGAAGUAGAAUAUCUUCCUGAGUUACCUACUAAAAAAUCACAGGUUUCAAAGGGAGAAAGAAAUGAGCUCGAAGUAGUGAUUCGGGCAAAAGAUCCCUCCGUUGUGUUUUUAGCCGAAACAUGGGCGGAUGAAGCUAGGCUAAAAGAAGUUCAAAGAAACAUCAAAUUUGACAAUUUGUUCUUCGUGGAAAGAAACCCUAGAGGUGGUGGGGGUUUGGCUCUAUAUUGGAAAAAUUCCAUUGAUAUUAGUGUGGAUUCCUUCUCCAAAUACCACAUUGAUUCUAUAAUAAAUAAAGGUAGUGAUGAUGCUUGGAGAUUUACAGGUAUUUAUGGAGAACCAGUAACACACAAGAGAGUUGAAGCAUGGUGUAAACUGAGGUUACUCAACACCAGACAUCAUCUUCCUUGGCUUUGUGCCGGGGAUUUCAAUGAAAUCACAAGAAGCUCAGAGAAAUUGGGAGGAAAUAAUAGAAGUCAGGCUCAGAUGCAACUUUUUCGGGAUGUUAUAGAUGAAUGCGGAUUUCUUGAUCUUGGCUAUGUGGGAGAUCAAUUUACUUGGAAAAGACAUUUUGUGGAUGGACAUUCAUUGUGGGAAAGAUUAGAUCGGGGGUUAGCUAACCACGAGUGGUUCAUGAAAUUUACAGGCACAAAAAUCCAUCAUCUGCACUCAGAUUCUUCCGAUCAUUCCCUACUGUGGAUCUCCUUAGAUGGUUUAGACAUUCCAUCUUUUGCUAAACCAUUUAGGUUCGAAGAAAUGUGGCUCUCUGACCGUGGGUGUUCAGAUAUUGUUGAGGCAGUUUGGUUGUCAAGGGGAGAGGAGGAAGACCAUGACCAUGUUAUGCGCAAAAUAGAUAAAUGUGGUAAAGAACUCUGCAAAUGGGAGCGAGACUGCUUUGGGAAUGUCAAAUUGAUACUGAGUCGGAAGAGAAAGGACCUAAAGGAGGCCGAAAAAAUAGCCAUGAGAACUGGGAAUAAUCUGCAUGUCUGUGUAUUGUAA